AUGAUCGGCGAGCGCUCCCCAGUAGGUCUCCUUACCCCCCAUGCCUCUGGCUACGUCGGGGCCGCCGUCGUUGCUCUCUGGCUCGUCUAUGCCAGUUGGAGCCGCAUCAAGGGGGGUCGCCGCUAUCCCCCCGGCCCAAAGCGGCUACCGUUCCUGGGGAACAUCCACCAGCUUCCCGCGCACUACCAGCACGUAACGUUCAAGGAGUGGGGGGCGCAGUACGGUGACGUCGUCUACGCCCGCUUCUUCAGCACGCCCGUCCUCGUCCUCAACUCCGUCGACGCGUGCCGCGCGCUCCUGGACAAGAAGGGCGCAAAGUACUCUGGCCGCCCGUCCUUCACGUUUCACAAUGAGAUGUACGUCGCCGCGCGACGCCACUACGGAGCUGACGGCCUCACCCGUCGCGACAGCAUCGAGUGGCGGAACCUCGUCUUGAUGCAGUACACCGAGCAGUGGCGCCGCCACCGCCGCUGGUACCGCGCCGCCUUCGAGAGCAAAGCCGUCGUCGACAGCUACCGGCCGCUCCAGACGGCCGAGGCGCACAAGCUGCUGUCCGACCUGCUGCAGACCCCUGACGGGUUCAUGUUGCACGUCAAGAAGUAUGCCGUCGCGAUCAUCAUGGGUCUCGGCUACGGCAUCUCCAUCUCGUCCAUGGACGACGAGUUCAUCCAGCACGUCGACCAUGCGGUGGAGUCCGUGUUCCAGUCUGGCGGCCCGGCGGCCAUGCUGAUCGACUUCUUCCCUGUCCUCAAGUACCUGCCCGCGUGGAUGCCGGGCGCCGGUUUCAAGCGCCUCGCGAGGCAGGUCCAGGGCUCGAUCCGGGACAUGGAGUACAUCCCGCUCAGACGCGCGGACGGCACACUGAAACCAUCGAUAGCCUCGUCGAUCUUGGAGGAGACCAUGAAAGACGGGAAGCUGGGCGUCGCGGACGAGCGCGAGAUCGCCUCUGCCCUGGGCGCGCUGUAUGCGGCCGGGACGGAUACGACGGCAACCACGCUCCAAUGCUUCGUGCUCGCGAUGGUCCUGCAUCCGGAGAUCCAGCGGAAGGCGCAGGCCGAGCUCGACCGUGUCGUCGGCGACGCGCGGCUCCCCGACAUGGGUGACCGGGAUGCCUUACCGUACUUGGACGCCAUCAUCAUGGAAGUCUACAGAUGGUGUGCGCCAGUGCCUCUCGGCGUGCCCCACCAGCUCCUGGAAGACGACGAGCACAUGGGGUACACGAUGCCUCGCGGCUCCACCGUCUUCUCCAACAUCUGGGCCAUGACGCGCGACGAACAACACUAUCCCGAGCCCGAGCGGUUCGACCCCGCGCGGUUCCUCGACACGCCCGCCGAGUCCGACUUCAGCGACCCCCGGAGAUACGUCUUCGGGUUCGGCCGACGGAUAUGCCCCGGCCGCUUCCUCGCCGACGCGAGCAUCUGGCUCGCCGCCGCGCAGAUCCUCGCGACGCUGGACAUCCGCAAGGCGCGCACGCCCGCGGGCGCGGAGAUCACGCCCGAGGUGCAGUUCGCGUCGGGCUCCGUGAGCCAUCCGAAGCCGUUCGCGUGCGACAUCCGCCCGCGCUCGAAGAGGAGCGGCGAGCGCGUCCGCGCCGCUCUGCGCGCGGACCGGUCUUCGUAGCGCGCUGGCCUUGGCUCCGUCAGGAACGGAAACUAAGUGCGCUACGAACCGAACCAUGCGCCGGUGCCGUUGAGGCUUCGCAUCUUGCGAGUCGAUAGGACUGCGUCGUGGCACUAGUACUGGCGGCGGCGCGGGACUGUUCACGGACCUCACGCUACCCCUCAUGUCGAACGAUGUCGGACGAACUGUAAUAUCAAUAACGACCUGUAUGAUCAACUUUCUGACUUCCU